ACAACGGGUAACCAAUAUACCAUGCUGACUAUAUGUUUCACCAGCCUAAAACACGGGUAAUGUUUCUCUGUGUCUAUCUCAGACUUAAGUGCUACGCUAUCACUUCCUCCAGUCAAAGCCGUUUCUUCUUCUAGGGUUUUCUUCUUCUACGCUAUCACAAAGCUUAUCAGAUCUCAGGGUUUAGGCAAAAACUAAUUGGAGUUGAAAAUGACGACGAUGGAGAGCUUGAUUGGACUGGUUAAUAGAAUUCAGAGAGCAUGUACUAUGCUCGGAGAUUACGGAGGUGGUGAUAACGCUUUUUCUUCUCUUUGGGAAGCUCUUCCUUCUGUCGCCGUCGUUGGCGGCCAGAGUUCUGGAAAAUCUUCCGUGCUUGAAAGCAUAGUUGGCCGAGACUUUCUUCCCAGAGGAUCCGGAAUUGUUACUAGACGGCCUCUUGUUCUACAGCUUCACAAGACAGAAGAUGGUUCACAGGAGUACGCUGAGUUUCUUCACUUGCCCAAGAGGAGAUUUACGGAUUUCUCUGCGGUUCGUAAAGAAAUUCAGGAUGAAACAGAUAGAAUGACAGGGAGGACCAAACAGAUAUCUCCCGUUCCUAUCCAUCUUAGUAUCUACUCUCCCAACGUUGUCAACUUAACCCUGAUUGAUUUACCUGGUCUCACUAAAGUUGCCAUUGAGGGGCAGCCUGAAAGUAUCGUUCAAGACAUUGAGAGUAUGGUGCGAACAUAUGUUGAGAAGCCUAAUUGUGUCAUACUAGCUAUAUCUCCGGCUAAUCAAGAUAUAGCAACUUCUGAUGCCAUCAAACUCGCUAGGGAAGUUGAUCCAACUGGUGAACGUACUUUUGGGGUGCUGACAAAGCUAGAUUUGAUGGACAAAGGAACAAAUGCAUUAGAUGUUCUUGAAGGAAGAUCUUAUCGACUGCAACAUCCCUGGGUUGGAAUUGUUAAUCGCUCGCAAGCAGAUAUAAAUAGAAAUGUUGAUAUGAUUGUUGCUAGGCGCAAGGAGCGUGAGUAUUUUGCUACAAGUCCAGACUAUGGACACUUAGCCAGCAAAAUGGGUUCAGAGUAUCUUGCAAAACUUCUCUCAAAGCAUUUGGAGUCUGUAAUUAGGGCUCGAAUACCAAGUAUCACUUCCUUGAUAAAUAAAACCAUUGAAGAACUUGAAUCGGAAAUGGACCAUCUCGGUCGGCCUAUUGCUGUUGAUGCUGGGGCUCAGCUAUACACUAUCUUGGAACUAUGCCAAGCAUUUGACCGGAUAUUUAAGGAGCAUCUGGAUGGAGGGCGACCUGGGGGUGAUCGUAUUUACGGAGUCUUUGACAACCAACUUCCAGCUGCUUUAAGGAAGCUUCCAUUUGAUCGGCAUCUUUCUCUGCAGAAUGUAAGGAAAGUGGUGUCCGAGGCAGAUGGUUAUCAACCUCACUUAAUUGCUCCGGAGCAAGGUUACAGACGCCUAAUUGAGGGGUCACUAAAUUUUUUUAGAGGCCCAGCUGAAGCUUCAGUGGAUGCUGUGCACUUUGUCUUGAAAGAGCUUGUGAGGAAGUCAAUAGGAGAAACUCAGGAGCUGAAGCGCUUUCCCACUCUGCAAGCUGAGAUAGCAGCUGCUUCAAAUGAGGCCUUAGAGAGGUUUCGUGAUGACAGUAAGAAGACGGUUAUCCGUUUGGUGGAUAUGGAAUCUUCAUACUUAACAGUUGAUUUCUUUAGGAGGCUUCCCCAGGAAGUGGAUAAAGGAGGACAUCCUGCUACCUCAACCGUGGAUCGGUAUACAGAAGGCCAUUUUAGGAGGAUAGCGUCAAAUGUAUCUUCUUACGUGGGUAUGGUGUCAGAGACGCUUAGAAACACUAUUCCAAAGGCAACAGUAUAUUGUCAAGUAAGGGAGGCCAAACAGUCAUUAUUAAAUCACUUUUACACCCAAAUAGGGAAGAAAGAGGGUAAGCAGCUUGCACUAUUGUUAGAUGAAGAUCCAGCAUUGAUGGAAAGAAGACAACAAUGUGCUAAGAGGCUUGAGUUAUACAAGUCAGCUAGGGAUGAAAUUGAUUCGGUCUCAUGGGCUCGGUGAUGUUUAUUUUUAUGUGUACCUUGUAUCAUAGUCAUCCAGAUGAUUUCGUUAACUAUUUGGUCUGUUAAUUUUUUUUUUUUUUUUUUUUCUUCCUCUCAUUUUCUCUAUAGUCUGUAAUAUCUUGUAUUGUUGAGAUUGGGUUUGGUUUGGGAUGCCAGAUACUUGUAAUGUCUGAUAGUAUAUGUUAUUUUAUUUGAUGUUCUAUC